GACUGCACGUGUCCAUCUAAGGUCCCGGUUAAAAUGCCACUGGGAAUCCCGUAGCUUUGUCGGGAGGUUUUCCUUUGCCUCGGGGUUUGCAGGGGAAACUCCGUCUUCUUCUUCCAUCUCCUGCCCCUUUUAUUGCCGACACGGAGAGGAUUUCUCUUUGAGAGCUUGAGUUUUGGAAAAAUGGCACACAACAAGAAAGAGGACAAGGAGACCUCUCUCCAUGGAGCUGACUGGGAGGUUGUUUCUCUCACAGCAUCCAUGUAUGCUGCUGCACCUGGUCCAAAACAAUAUGAGCCAACAGAUGAGAGUAUAACUCAGGACUUUGACAAUAAUGAACCAGAAUUUCCUGAAACAAUGUUCAUGUCCAGUCACUUUGGUUUCCCACCAAGCAAACAUGAGAAAUUUCCAAUAGAACCUGACUACAGUGAAAUUGACAAUGAAUUCAGGGAUCAAGAUGUAAGCCAUGCUGAAGAGUAUGGUAAUGGGCCCAACAAGACCCAUAAAGAAAGUUGCAAGGAUAAGUCUGAUGACAGCCUACAUGGUUUUCAGUUCUUCUUUGACAAUGGAAAGGGUCUGUCUGUCAGUGAUAUGGAGUUUGGGGAGGGCAAGUCAUUACAAGAUUUGAGCUUGGUUGGUGAAGAUUCAGUUAUACUUGAUGCUUACCAUGCAGAAACAGAUACAAGUAGCUCGAUUAUCUGUAGUGAGAGCUCUGACAUUGCCAAGCCCAAUAAUCCUUCUUACCAAAAUCCAGAUUCUCCAAAUUUUACAAAUGCUUCAGAGCGGAGCGAAGAAAACAAAGAAGAUGCCUCUUACCUUCCAUGUGAAGCAUGGUGGAAGAGGAAGGCAGUACUUCUGUAUAAUCAUGUGAAAGAAACGAACACAUUUUGGUCUGUCUUUGUGGCUGCUGCUAUGAUGGGGCUUGUGAUUUUGGGACAACGUUGGAAGCGAGAGAAGUUGCAGAUUCAGCAAUUUAAAUUACACUUUAGAAUCAACAGUGAGAAAAUAGGGCAAUUCUGAGCUCUCUCAAGUCAGCAUGCUCUAUGUUGCAGUAAAUGGGUGUAGGCUGGAAAUCAGGACCAGUUAGCCGGUUUAAAGACAUUCUGGUAGGUGAACAUGAACACGGUCCACAGAUCUGUGGUAAUGCUGUAUUCAACCGUUGAGAUGUUAGCUGAUGUCAAUAAUGAUGUUGACGAAAAAAUAUUAGUAGGGUAAAGAGGGCACAGGGUUUGCAGGGAGCUUUGGGAAUAUAAUUACUAUUGUGCCUCUGGUAGGAUUGCCAUGAUUGUGUUAGAUGCGACUGGCUUUUCAGAUGGUGUUGUUGCAUGUUGUGUGGAUAUGUAAACUCUAAGUAGUAUUUUGAAUAUGUAAAUAUGAGAAAGCUGUAUAUAAAAAGUCAGUAAAUAAUCCAGUUCCAGUUGGACGUUAUGCUGCAA